AUGGCUGCUCAAAAUUCAGCCGGUAUUCAGACGCUGCUCGACGCAGAAAGAGAGGCACAGAAGAUCGUACAAAAGGCGAGAGAAUACCGAACAAAGCGAGUGAAGGACGCUCGUAGCGAAGCUCAGAAAGAAAUCGAGGACUACCGCAAGCAAAAGGACGAGGAGUUUCAGUCAUUCGAGAAGGAGCACACAUCAGGCAACAAAGCCGCCGAAGAGCAAGCAGAGAAGGACAUUCAGGCGCAGCUAGACGAGAUCAAGAAGAUAGGGCAGAAGACUGGUCCGAAGGUCGUGGAUGAUUUGGUCAAGGCGGUUAUGGAUGUGCAUCCUGAGGUGCCUACGAGGGCGGUAUGA